AUGGGCAAGAUUAAUGAGGCCGGCUACUGCCAACUGCUUACAGGGACUCGAAGGCUUUCAAUACUAACCAGAUACUCCUCUGUCUUUCUGCUCAGGUGCAAGUUUUUCAGUCUGACAGAGACCCCUGAGGACUACACCAUCAUCGUAGAUGAGGAGGGUUUCCUUGAACUGCCCUCCUCCGAGCAUCUGAGCGUGGCUGAUGCCACCUGGCUGGCUCUGAACGUGGUGUCUGGUGGCGGCAGCUUCUCCAGCUCCCAGCCCAUCGGUGUGACAAAGAUCGCCAAGUCUGUCAUUGCCCCACUGGCUGACCAGAACAUCUCCGUGUUUAUGUUGUCCACUUAUCAGACUGACUUCAUCCUGGUGCGUGAGCGUGACCUGCCCUUUGUCACUCACACCUUGUCCUCGGAGUUCACCAUACUUCGGGUCGUCAAUGGAGAGACGGUAGCGGCUGAGAAUCUCAGUGUCACCAAUGGCUUUGUGAAGCCCAAGAUGGUCAAGAGGCCAGUCAUCCACCCAUUAUCCAGCCCCAGCAACAGGUUCUGUGUCACCAGCCUGGACCCUGACACACUGCCUGCCGUCACCACACUCCUCAUGGAUGUGAUGUUCUACUCCAAUGGAGUGAAGGACCCCAUGGCUGCCAGUGACGACUGUGGCCACAUCCGCUUCUUCUCCUUCUCACUCAUUGAGGGCUACAUCUCACUGGUGAUGGAUGUACAAACCCAGCAGAGGUUCCCGAGUCAUUUGCUAUUCACGAGUGCAUCUGGAGAGCUCUGGAAGAUGGUGCGGAUAGGAGGACAACCCCUGGGAUUCGUGGAAUUGUAGCCCAGAUCUCUGAGCCUUUGGCAGCUGCAGACAUCCCAGCAUAUUACAUCAGUACUUUCAAAUUCGACCAUGCAUUGGUUCCAGAAGAGAAUAUCAGCGGGGUUAUCCACGCCCUGAAGGUCAGUCAAGGAGGGAAACAUUAGAAAAAGCUCAUCUCUGGGCUCCUCCCUGCCACAGCCCACCUGGGCCUUUCCCCCCACGAAGGUUAUUCUUGCAGUAUUUCCCUAUGGACUGAAAGAAGGUUCCCGGAACCCUAAGGAAGGGGCCUCUGGGACACUCCCCUGAUUCCUGACUCCUCCAGGCCUGUACCCAAGCCAAGGCCACCCCCACAUCCACCUCCAGCCUUCCAGAACCCCCAGCCUUUUCAAUAAUGACUCAGUUUCUCCCCAGUGGGGAUGUGCCCAUCUUCCUCCCCCAAGUUCCACCCCAGAAAGUAGUCUCUGAGGCCCAGGGGGCUUGGGAACAGCCCCAGGCCUCACAUACAGCCCACAGCAAACACCAAAGGAAGCUGGCACCUCCCACAAGACAUUGGGAUUGGGGUCCCGAUGUACCUAGGGACAUCUUCAGGUGGUGGAGCAAGAUUGGGUGUGCAAAGCUGGGGAAGCCCCCAUGAGAAACCCCCCAGGAUGAAUGGUAUGGUUGCUGCUCCAGUUUCAGAGGCUCAGGGGCUGGUUCCCUCAGGAUGGAGGCCAGCAGGCCACCCUCAGAUCAUAAUGGCCAGUGAGCCUCAGACAGUAGCUGUGGGCCUCCUACCAAGUUGGGGGAGGGGACCAAGACCCCAGAACCCACCUGCUGACCACACAGGGCCUGUGUCAGUUCCCACUAUGACUGCCAAGAGGGGUCCUGGGCCAACCUCCCACCAAGAGCACUUGUCCCUGGAGGAGGAAGGAAUCCCAGGAUGCCUCCUUUCCCACCAGCCUAGAGCACCAGCUUCUAUCUGUCCUCUGUUUGUUCUCCCUGGGCCCAACAUGGGCACAGUCUCCUCCCAGCAAUGGAUAUCCCCACCAGCCCAGGCCUGGAGUGCCUUGGGCCAUGUCCACCUCCCCAGAUGUCACUUAGACCAGCCUAGAGUUUCCCUCAUCAUCCUCUCUACCCCACUUAUAGAGGACAAAGAGCCCUCAGCCCCCAGCUCAUAUACCUGCCCAAAAUACACCCAGCAGUCCAUAGCCAUGAUGACAACCGGGAGGUGGCUACGAUGAGAAAAAAAAGUCACCCUUGCAGUUUUUUAUUUAAUUGUUUGCAUACAGGUGACUGGGGAAUGAGUAGCUUUGUUUGGAGGAGAUGGGGCCUGUUAGAGUCUUAUUUGGGUGCCCAGGGUUCAGUGGCACUUAGCAGUACAGCGUUUCUCCAGAGACAUACAUGAAUGCAAAGAUGUAUCCUAAGAAUCUUAGCCUUGUCUUCUGAGGAGGGUUAUUAGGAACAAAGCUCUGGCAUAAGACACCAGGACCCCCACAGUACCCCCAAUGGGGUCCCCCAGCAUAUCAGAGGUGGUAAUGGCACCUGAGAAUGGUACCAUGAGCUUGGACUAUGGGGUCCAGCAGACUUAGGCUCUUGGGGUGUUUUCUCAAGCCUGUCAAGGCUGUCUCCAACAAGGUCAGAGGAGAGAAUGUUUAUUUACCCCUGUAUGGGUCUCAGUACAAACUGCAUUCCUCCCUUCUCCAGACCACAGAAGCAAACCCAGAUGGAGGAUCUAUCUAUCUAUUCUAGAACCCUUUAGAAGCUCACAACCCAGCAUGCUAAUCAAAAUUACCUCUGGUGGGGUUUGGUUUCUUUAAUUCCUUUUGCACAAAACAACCAAAUCUUAUCAAUUGUUUUCUGGUCCUAGAAGGGAAAUGGCCAAGUAGGCAGGGCCAUAGUGAGGCCCCUGAGUCCCCUUCUUCUCACCCUGGAAGGCCUUGAUUGUCCAGGACACACCUCUCUGUAACCCCUUCAGUCCUGCCUUCCAGUUCUCCCUUCCCACUGUGUAAGUGUGCUGGCCCCAUGCUCCCUGCCCCAGAGUUGUGUGGCCCCCUAGACUUGCUAGGAUGAAACUGUGUAUUGUACACACCUAUAAAUACGUGUUUAUGUUAAUAGAGAUAUAUUCUGUAAAUAGCAUAUAUACUUUAGCAAUAUAUAUGUUAAUAUAUUCCAUGUGCGCAGGACAUAGGCAAGGGCCCCACCUCAUGUGCGCACACACGGGGACAUUUGAGCCACCGUAUAUUUUUAAUUUGAAUAUGUAGGCAAUACAAUGAUUGGAAAAGCCCUGGGGUUCUUGAGGCCAGCCUGGAGGGGAGACAAAACCACCAGCCCACUGCAUCUGGAACAUGGUUAGAGGGCCAGCGUGGUCUGCUUUAUAGCUACUGCACCCCCAUUCCCACAGCCUAGAUCUUUGAAUGCUCUUAUUUUAUUUGGGGGGACAUUGAUCCAGGAGAGGGAUUGGGAUUUUUUUGGGAGGGGGCAUUUUAACAGUGGCUCCCUCCCUUAGGGUUACUCCAAAAACUGUCUGAUAAACACAUUGUGUUCUAGCUUCCUGCCCAGAGCCCCUUCUCUAUAGAAAGCUGUAGGUCUGGCAUCUUACCUGAUUUAUGGUUGUGUGUGUUACUUGUUUUCUUGAGGCAGGGUCUUUUUAUAUGGCCCUGGCUGUCCUGGAGCUCCCUAUGUAGACCAGGUUGGCCUUGAAACUAUAGAAAUCUGCCUGCCUCUGCCUCUGAGUGCUGGGAUCAAAGGUGUACGCCACCAUGCCUGGCUGAUUUUUUCCCCUUAAUUCCUGCUAGUUUAGGAAUCUCAGGUUCUCUCCCCUGCUUUCUUCCUAGAGCUGACUCCAUAGGACCCAAAACACCACACAUCAGCCCAGCUGUGCGUCGGGAGAGGAGCUGAGGCCUGGGUUCUGCCUGCCAGCCUUCCAAGGACGCCACUCUUUAGCUACUGGGUCCUUACGAGGAAGCUGGCUCUCUGUGUUCUGUGGGUAGCACUGGCAUGGCAUAGUCUCAAAGGCUCUGGGGGUGGGAGCCUCAUAGACCCCAUUGAGGCCCUCUACUUCUCUUGUGUUUCUAGUGCUGUCUCCCUACAUUUUUGCAUCUCCUGGUUUUAUGGAUGUGGUGGUCACUCCAGCCCCUGCUGACCCAGCCUCAGAGGUGACCUAAGUGGCAUGGCAGUCAGCAGUCAUGGUUCUCUAGGGGAAUUUGUAUUUUCCUGCACUGCUGAGGACUAUAAGCAGGGCCUUGUGUGUUAAGGCAAGUACUCCAUGGUAGGAGAAUAGGGCUGUUCAGAAGGUGAAGUACUGGGAAACACAGGUGCCCUGCACAGGGCUACCAAGUCAUGGACUCCAGUGCUUUGUGUCUGCCUGAAAAACUAAUUGGAAAAGCUCACAGUGGAGUAUGGCUCAGUGGAUAGCGUGAUAGUGUGCUCGCCUAGCAUGCAUGAAGCCCUGGGUUGGAUUCCCAGCCCUUGGGAGGUGGAAGCAGACAGAGCACAGCAAGUUAAGGCCAGCCUGGG